AAUGCAAUAUAGAGAUAAAGUUGCAGUGCUGCAGCUUCCGAUAGCUCUCUCGGGUCAGGAACCAAAAACAUAAAAUUUCAAAUUUGGCUUUUUUGCUGGUGCAAAAAAAGAUUUUGUUCUUCAACCUCUUCUUUCUUCUUUUGUCAGUCCAUUUUUCGCCUUCCACUUGUCAAUAUUAUACGUUAGAGACAGGCUUUUCUCUUAACAGAAAUGGGAAGAGAGUGGUACAAUGGAGGAAGAUCCACUUGUUCCUCUAAAAGCAAGAAAAACUCCAAUGAAGCUAAUGGCUGCGUCACUGCACUUUACCACUUUUUUCAUUUCCACCAUUUUUACUUUCCUUCACGUCAUCAUCAUCACCACCAACCUAGUAUUGAUUCUCCCUCCAGAACUCGUAAAGGCUUGGUGGCGCCACGAAACAGCUUGGACUUAUCAGAGGAGUCUCCAUUAUCAACCAACUACAAGCUGGAAAGAGAAGGCUUGAACAUCUCUGUGGGCGGGAAAAAGUCAACACUUAGAGGUCUUCUCGUUGAUACACCUUCACAUAAUUGCAACUUACCUCGCACCAAGACACCGAACGUUGUGGCUAGACUCAUGGGUCUUGAUCUUCUUCCUGAUAACUUGGAGCUUACUAGAUCACCAAGGAAUGGAGUAAGAGGACAUCGACUCUCCGGGAAUGGCUCAGGGACAAGAUCAUUACCUGCGAGCCCUAGGAUCUCCUCUGAUUCCGAAAAUCAUCGCCUCUCUCUUGAGCUAAACAGAGAGAACAAUAAGCAUGAAGAGUUUGUACGCACGAGGCUGAAAGAGUUGAAACAAGAUGAGCAAAGUCCAAGUCCCAGAUAUAGUGGGAGACAGAUAGUGAAACAAACAAAAAAGAGAGUCACCACCAGAAAAUUUGGCAUGGAUGUAACAAACUUGCUUGAGAAGAAAAGGGCAGGAGGAGCAGCACAAAACAGGAUUUCACAGAAAGAGAAGACAACAAGCACUAAUCCUGCAUUUGUGUUAAGACAAUAUCAGCAACCAGCAACGGUAAUAACCCUUUCAAAAGAGAAUCAACAGUCACUAAGACCUAUUAGCGGAUGGGAAAAAGCAGAGAGUAAAUCAAAAUUCUCUCCUCAUCCAACACCCAAUAAUCGAAACAAGCAGAGAAAGGUGCUCACACCAGUAUCAACACACUCGAGAUCUAAUCGAUGUGAUCUUUUAGAGAAGAAGCAAUGCAAGAAAAUCUAUGUAACAUCAUCAGCUUUCUCUGCCACAGAACGUCCUCGGAAACAGAUGAAAAGAGCUCAAGAACCGGAGAGGAAGGCAGAUGCGACGAUAUGCUCUGGUCAGAAGAUGUACAAGUACGAGAAGAAGCUUCCUCAAGAACCGUCAAGUUCCAAAUUUUACGAUUCGAACACCAUUUCUCCGACCAUAAUCAACGCAGGAGAAACCGAAAAAGAUGUUCCGGGGAUGAACAAACUUGAAGAGGAAGAGGAAAGGGUCGUCUCAGAGAUUGAGCGGCAAAUCGUAGACGCCCUCGUGCAGGAAACGGUAGAAACUACGUCGCUUUGGGGUCUAAACGCAAACGCUGUUAGCUUUGUGCGGCAAUGAAGACUUGGCUUUGGCUAUAUUUUAACAGCGUCUGCGUUUUGACCCUAACGAAUAACGAAUUUGGCCGUAACCUACCCAUAAAUUUGAAUUUAU